CUUUCACCUACAUGGCAAAUCAGUAUAUUUGGUCAGAGUUUGGUGCAAGAAGCAGAACUCACUGGUAGAUGGCCAAGAUGGGGUGCACCUACUGGCUUCUGCUUCUGUUGGGCCUGUUAGCUCCUCUGUGUGAGCCAUCCACAGUUCGCUAUGGUCCUCCCAGUGAGUGCAGCCAGGCCCCCAUGGUCCCUGGGUACAACUUGGGAGGAGAGGGCUUCAACAUUGUCACCAUGGAGCGUAAAGGCGCCUAUGUCAUUGACACAGACACCUGGGAUUUGGGCAAUGGCACUUGCAAACUCUACCCCAACAGCUUCAUGGGAGGACAGAUGCAGAAGGUCCCUGUGGCUGUGGUGGACUGGAGGGCGCUGUCUGAAUGUCAUUUGUCCGUCUCCAGUACUUCUUACGACUCGGUCGAAACCCUCGUCAAUGAUUCAACUUCUUCUGUGAGCAACAACUGGAAACUGGGACUGAAUAUCUCCAUCCCUGUGGAUCCAUCUGUGGUGGUGUCCGUACGGAGGGGACUGGGCGGGUCCCACUCCAAAGUGGCAAAGUUUGCCAUGCAGAAAUCCAAACAAGAUCGAUACAACUUCUACCGACAUUCUGUGUACUGCAGUACCUAUCGAUACAGAAUGACACCAGCACCACCAGUGAGCAAACACUUUCAGUCAGAAGUGAACUCCCUUCCAGCAUAUUCUCCCCAAUCUGCAAAUCAGUAUCGCAGAGUCAUUGAAACGUACGGCACACAUUAUAUCACACAGGUGUUUUUAGGAGGAGAGAUUAAGGCCAUCACUUCUGUCAGAACAUGCCAGGCUAGUGUGAACGGUCUGACCGAAUCUGAAGUUAGCAACUGUUUAUCUGUAGAAGCUUCAGCCAAUGUAGAGGGAAUAGGAGGCUUCAACGCUAUGGCGGAGCAUUGUAAAGCUAAAAGCAAAGAAUUAGGUCACGAUUACAGUUUUAGCAAAUCCUUUAGUGAACGUUUUACUGAGACCACAGGUGGGAGAAUAGCCAAAGGCGCCACCUUGUUUACUAAAUCUGAUCCUACUGUAUUUGACUCAUGGCUCACUAGUUUGGGAACCUCCCCUGAUGUGGUCAAGUACGAUCUGAAGCCUCUACAUACCAUUCUGUCUGAUAACCAUAGGGCAAAAAAUGGUAUCAAGAAAGAAAUUGAGACCUACAUCAAGCAAAAUGCUCUGUUUAAAAAAUGCUCCGAGUCUUGCACAAUUGGACACAAGUCAAGUCCGAGAGACCCUUGCACUUGUGUGUGCAAUAGUAACCCAAAUCUGCGCUCCAACUGCUGCCCCACUGGUUUAGGUAAGGCUACUCUCCGUGUCUACCGCCUCUACGCCAACGAUUUGUACGGGGAUGUGUGGAGUAAGACAGAUGGUUCGGUCGAGGUGAUCUUUGAUGAACAGGUGAAACAUACUGCAAUUAUUCAUGAAAACAACAAUCCAAAAUGGAGUGAGAAAUUUGAGUUUGGUGCAAUCACUAUCAACAUGAAAAACAAGCUGCAGUUUAAAGUAUAUGACUAUGAUUCGUAUUGGAAUAGUGACCUGCUUGGGGAGUGCUCCGUAGAUUUGCGUAGAGGUAAAGUGUCUGAUACCUGUAUGCUUAAUCAUGGAACCCUCUUCUUCUCCUAUGAGGUGACUUGUGCACCCAGCCUUGGAGGAGAGCAGUGUCAGGAGUACAUAUCCUCCCCUCUCAGCUCCUCUGUGUCAAAGAGCUUCUACACCAGAAAUGGGGUGCUUGGGAAAGAUUUGGAGUAAAGUCUGCAAGGGUUAGAUUGACUGAAUGACCUUGACCACCAAUGACCCAAUAUCUUAAAUUUCUAUUGCUCAAAAGCUUGUUUUUUCUAUAUGUAGAAAUGUUUGGCUUAUAGAAAGUGUGUAUAGCACAUUGAAGUUCACUUUAUUUGUUCUACAUCCAUAUCAGAACUAUAGGAUGUUGGUUGUGCAUAAAUGAUAUGUGCUAAUGCAAAUGCUUUCUGCUGUAUUUGUCUUUCUUUCAAUGAUUUGUUCACUGUUUGAUGAUUUUGCCUUUUUAUCUAAUAAAGCAUCCACAAAGAC